UUUCAAUAACCCCCAGCGGACAGGAACGUUCUACUUAGUCACCCACAUUUUGUUAAAGUAUAAAAGCAGGCGGAUGUGUUCACCAAUGCGUUAAUAUUGUCUCGCGUACUGAGCGUCAAACAUGGCUUCAAUACCUGGUUUUAUUGGACACAUUGACCUGACAACACUUCUUGUAUUUGUGCUGGUGUUUCUGUUGGGUCUCUGUGUGAUUAAAACCCCAAGGUCCUCCAUUCCUGGACCAUUUGCCUUGCCGUUCAUCGGAAAUGCGUUGUUGUUCCUUCGAAUGGGCAAAAAGCGUCAUAUAGGGUUCAUGGAUUUACGUGAGAAAUAUGGAGAUGUGUUUCGUGUAUAUGUUGGUAAACAUCUGAUGGUCAUUAUCAGUGGAUAUGACAAUAUAUAUGAAGCCUUCGUUAAACAUGGAGCUCAGAUGAGUAGCCGCCCGGAGUGGAUAUUAACUACAACAAAAACCAAAGAUGGAAUAAUUGAGCCGGGAGUACUCUUGUCAAGUGGCGACAUCUGGAGGCAAAAUCGUCGCUUUGUUAUGCACACUAUGCGGGAUUUUGGUAUGGGGAAAACUUCCCUUGAUGACGUGAUUUUAGACGAAUCCAGACUGUUAUGUGCGGAUAUAGCGUCAGCAAAAGGACAGCCAAUAACAAAUUUGAAAAGCUUUCUUACCGCUUCAGUCAGUAACAUCAUACAUAAUAUGAUUUUCGGUUUUAGAUAUGCACAUGAUGACGAACAGUUUCUCUCAGUAUUGAAAGCCAUUGAUAAUCUUCUCAAAGGUCCGGGACCGGCCUUGCAAGUAUUACCCAGAUUCGUGCAAAACGUCAUCGGAACUAAUGUGCAAGAACAAUUGAGAGCAAGGGAUUUCAUUUUUGAAUACCUCACAAAACAGAUAGAGGAACACGAAAAAACGAUCGAUGAAAACAACAUCAGAGAUCUACUGGACCAGAAGAUACUGUCUUUUUCACGUGACGAAACAAUUCAGGAAAAAAUUCGUCAUACCGUCCGGAUUGUAAUAGACCUGUUCGUUGCUGGAACAGAGACAACUGCCUCAACGUUAGACUGGGCUCUUCUUUACAUGAUCGAAUACUCUGAUGUACAGGAAAAAUGUUUUCACCAAAUAGAGAAGGAGGUCGGCUUGAAUAGAGAGGUACGUAUGAGUGACAAACCCCGGCUACCAUAUGUGGAGGCCACGAUAUUAGAAGUACAGCGACUAUCAAACAUAUUGGAUAUGUCAUUACCACAUGCGUCAACAGAGGAGGUGACAAUUGCGGGUCACGUGAUACCGAAGGAUACAAUUGUGAUGGGACAUCUCAAAUCGGCUAAUAUGGAUCCCGCCCACUUUCCACAGCCUAAGGAGUUCAGACCGCAAAGGUUUAUAGAUGACGUCACAGGGAAGAUAACCAAUAAGGAUCGCCUUAUUCCUUUCUCCAUCGGACCCCGAGUUUGUGCUGGAGAGGCUCUUGCAAAAUCAGAACUCUUUCUAAUGUUCACUAAUUUGAUCCAGAAGUUCAAAUUCUCCAAGACGUCUGAAGAUGUUCUGAGUUUCGAUGGAUUUACCGGAGCUACAACUUCGACAGAACCGUUCGCAUUGAAGGCAGAACCCCGAUUUUAAUCGAAAGUUUAUCAACCGACAGAAGAAAAAGAACGUUAUUUUUGUAAAUUAAAUAUCUGAAAGUGUUAGAAUGUAUAAGAAUAAAUGUGACUGUUUAGAUAUAAAAUUGGUAGAUCUAUAUGCAUGUAAGAUAUAGUGUGUUUGUUUAAAGAGGAUUGUAUAAGAUUUGUGAAAAAUCUAAAAUAGCAAUUUUAAGAUAAUCUAUAUUUGUUAAUAAAAUUGAUAUUUGCAAA